UGGUUUUUAAUACUGGUUACAAUGACUGGAGAGAUUUCGGUUCCUGUGAAAAAAACUGGUGAAGUAAUCAGCGAUGGAAUUUGCCAGCAUUCGAAACCAAACAUCUCUGCCGAAGUAUGCAUGGAUCUUGAAGAUGAGUUAUUUUAUAGGAAAAUGGAAUAUAAAAGCAAGCUUUUCACUAUGGCUUAUUUCUUCAUCGUUAUAGCCUUAUGUUCCGGCACCGUUUGUCUUUUCAUUUGGUGGCAGCCGAAGCAUGUGAGUUCGGAUAAUGUUAGUAUCAAUAAUGCUUUGAAAUUCAACAUGUCUGAGAUAAAAUUUGCCGAACCUAGCACUAUGGAAACAAAUCAAUCCAUCAAUGAGCUUCACCUAAGGAAAAAUUAUCUUAUCACUAUUACUUAUCAAGUUGACAAAGGCGAAGAUGUGCUGCGAUGUAUCAGUAUUAUCUCUCUAUUGUUGUUGCUGAUAUCUUUAAUGGGGAUGAAUCCAUAUAGAGAUGAUUGUAUCUCUGACACUCCGUCAGAGGAGGAACUGAAGUACAUAAUAAUCGACAACUUUGACAAAUUUAUAACCAAACCAAGGCAUGAUGUUAAGUAUGUCUUCAUCGAAAGACAUCGAGUCGUACCGGCCAUUAACAAGUACUCCAUUUCUCUCUUCCUGCUGGGAAUGGUUUUCCUCGGCCUUAUAGUUGCUAUAACUAUGUGUUUGAUGGAGCCGAUGUCUUAGGAACAGCAAAUGAAUCAUAGUAGCAAAAUACAAAAUUCUUUUGCUAUCAUAAGUCUGUCUUGCUUGGAAGCCAAAGAGCUUCUUUGAAAUAUGUAAUUUUUAUUCAUUUGACAGAAUUUUUUUUCAUUUAACACAAGAUGGAAAAACAUAUGCAAUAGAAC